AUGUCUGAACUAACGAAUUAUAAGAGGCUCGAGAAAGUCGGUGAAGGUACCUAUGGUGUUGUUUACAAGGCGGUAGACUUGCGUCAUCAAAAUCGGAUUGUGGCGAUGAAAAAAAUUAGAUUAGAAUCCGAAGACGAAGGUGUUCCCAGCACAGCAAUUCGUGAGAUUUCUUUAUUGAAGGAGCUGAAAGACGAUAAUAUUGUGAGACUCUAUGACAUUGUGCAUUCGGAUGCGCACAAGCUAUAUUUGGUGUUUGAGUUUUUAGAUCUGGAUUUAAAACGAUACAUGGAGUCAGUUCCUAAGGACCAGCCAUUGGGCUCUAAUAUCAUCAAGAAAUUCAUGAUGCAGUUAUGUAAGGGUAUUGCAUACUGUCACGCUCAUAGAAUUAUCCACCGUGAUUUGAAACCACAGAAUCUAUUAAUCAAUAGAGAUGGAAACCUAAAACUCGGAGAUUUUGGUCUUGCUAGAGCGUUUGGAGUGCCAUUGAGGGCUUAUACUCACGAGAUUGUUACUCUAUGGUACAGAGCUCCAGAAGUGCUCUUAGGAGGCAAGCAGUAUAGUACAGGUGUUGAUGUAUGGUCUAUUGGGUGUAUAUUCGCUGAGAUGUGCAACAGAAAGCCGCUUUUCAGUGGGGACAGUGAAAUUGACCAGAUAUUCAAGAUAUUCAGGGUUCUUGGUACUCCAAAUGAAAGAACCUGGCCCGAUAUUGUGUACCUACCAGAUUUCAAGACAACGUUCCCCAAAUGGAACCGUCGGGACUUAUCUGAAGUAAUCCCAUCGUUGGAUGCCAAUGGAAUUGAUCUUUUGGAUAAAUUAAUUACGUACGACCCAAUUCAUCGUAUAAGCGCCAAGAGAGCAGUGCAACAUCCCUACUUCAAGGACGAGUGA